AUGACCACUCUUCGGCUCUCCCUUCCGCCCGUCAGCGCGCCCGACUCGCGAGCUUUUCCUUCCGCCCGUCAGCGCGCCCGAGUCACGAGCUUUUCCGUCCGUCCGUCGCUCGCCAAUCCGCACGUAGCGCUCCCCUCCGCCCAUCGCUCUCCCUUCCGUCUUUUGCUGUACCUUCCGCCCGUCGCCCUCCCUUCCGCCCGUCGUUCUCCCUUCCACCGUCGCCCUUCUUUCCCGUCGUCAUCCACCCUUCCGCCCGUAACCCUCCCUUCUUCCCAUCGCCAUCCCUUCUUCCCAUCGCCAUCCCUUCUUCCCAUCGCCAUCCCUUCUUCCCAUCGCCAUCCCUUCUUCCCAUCGCCAUCCCUUCUUCCCAUCGCCAUCCUUCCUUCCCAUCGCCAUCCCUUCUUCUCAUCGCCCUCCCUGCCGCUCGUUGCAAUCCCUGCCGCUUGUCCCCUCGCUUUCCCCGUCAACCUGUCUCCUUGUCCGCCGUCGCAAAGGCGAGGGUUCCCUCUCUCCCCGUCUCCUUGCUUUCCCCGUCUCCUCGCUUUCCUCGUCUCCUCGCUUUCCCCGUCUCCUCGCUUUCCCCGUUCCAUCAAAUGCUCGUCGCCCUCGCCUUCCUUCCCGUCUCCCUUCCCAUCUCGCACAUUUGUCACCCUCCCAUCUCUCCCCCCACUCACUCCCUUCCUUCCACCCAACAAUCCCCAUCAAUCCCCCACUUAUACCCCCCCCCUGCCCUGCUUACCUCUCUCCCUAUUCCCACCAUUCUCUGCCCUGCUCCCCACCAUCCUCUGCCCUGCUCUCUCCCCGGCAUCUGCCCCCGUACCCCCCAUCCCAUUCCCUACGCGAUCUCCUCAUACCCCCUCCGCUUCUCCUCCGUCCCCCCUCCGCUUCUCCUCCUUCCCCCCUCCGCUUCUCCUCCUUCCUCCCUCCACUUCUCCUCCGUCCCCCCUCCGCUUCUCCUCAUUCCCCCCUCCUCCUUCCCCCCUUUGCUUCUCCUCCUUCCCCCCUCCACUUCUCCUCAUUCCCUCCUUGUUUUCCCCUCUGCUUCCCCCUGUGGUGGACGAAGCAGGCCGCUUGCUGCCUGUGGUGGUGGAGGCGGACCGGCUGCUGCGCCAGUUCUACCACGACUGGCUGCAUGCUGACGUGGCAAUGAGCGUGCCAGUUCUGUGCGGCGUCAUGCAUGCACAUGGCGGUGGCAGCGUGAGUGGUGUUCUCCCCACUCCAUUCAUCCACGGCCUGCAAUCUCUCCGUCACCGGAUGCUACGCGGUGCUGCUACAUGCCGCUGCUACGUGCCCGUGCCUUGUGGUUGCUGUGUGCAUUUGACCUGCAGCCACUUGACUGACGCUGCUAUGAGCCAUUGCCUUGCGCUCGUGUCACCUCACCGUGCUUUCACCGUGUUUGUGUCGUUGCUGCAUGCGGCGCACAGCCUCUUCCUGCUGCUCUCCGCCUUUCCCCCCGCCUCGCUGCCCUUCGCCUCUGCUGAGUUCUCCUCCCACCAGCCGCAGCUCUAG